AGAAAAACCUAACCCUCUCUCUUUCUCUGUUUCAUUUUCUCUUUUCUCUGUUCCUUCUAUUCGUAUCCCUCCUUCAUUUGUGUGAGGAAUGCUGGUGAUUUUAUGAUACUUUUGGAACAAUUAUGGUAUAGAAACCGAAAACCCUAGUCUCAGAUCCUCAAAAACCACACUCAUUCGUCGUUUUUUCUUUUCUCCCUGUUCCUUACGUCCUACGCUUCCUCAUAUUCUGAUAUUUUAAGGUUGACGUGGAAUUCGUCAAUAUCACCUUGGCCCCUCUAUAAUUGGGUUUUUGUUGAAGUUUCUGUUUAGGGUGCAAUAGUCUUCUGGGGCGGGGUAUUGCAUUGGGAGGUUUGAAUGGUUUUUUGAGGAAUUUUUGUGCCUUGGGAAUGUGUUUUUCUAACUUGUAAGAGACGUUAGAAAAUUGGGUCUUGUGGGUUGGUUUGGUUGGGUUGAGUCUUGUGUUUAAAUCUCUUCUUCCUGGGUUUUAUGAUUAUUUGUUUGAAAUCUAAAUAAAAGGUCAAUGGUGGGUAAUUGGGAUUGAGUUGGCAUAAUUUGGAGGGAUAAUGCUCCAUUUUUGGCCCUUUCAUUUUAAUAUCCCUUACCUUUUUGGGAGAAAAUUAAGAAAUGGGAUUUGGGCCUUUAUAUGAUCAUAUGUGUGAUCUUUAGCUGCUUGAUGAGAUUAGAGAUCAAUAUCAGAUGGGAAACAACUGUGUUGGAAAUUCCAAGGACGGGCUUUUCCAUUCGGUCUCAAAUUCACUCUGGUGGACUCGAUCAACCGGGGGUUUGGUUACUCCUACAACUAGAGAAAUUAAAAGUAGUGAUGCACCACCCUCAUUGAACAAUCAGUCAGAAACUAAUCCUCAUGAUGUUCAAAGCAAUCCCCCAGAAGCAAUCAAGAUGACCACGGAGGGCUCUAAACCAGUGCAGCCCCCAAUUCAACCGACGAAGGUUCAUCCCGAAAAGCAAAAGGAAGAGGAGACUGAACCAGCAGCACAAGCAGCAAUUCCGAAGGGAGAGACUAAACCUCAACAACCGGUAAAUCAUAGGGAUCAAGAGACCAGACCAGCGCAACCCAUAACACAAAAUGGAGGGACUAAUCAGCAAGCAGUGCCUGCGAGACCGAAGAAGCCCCAUAAUGUGAAGAGGGUAUCGAGUGCAGGGCUUCAGGCAGAGUCUGUCUUGCAAACCAAGACAGGUCAUUUGAAGGAGUACUACAAUUUGGGCCAGAAGCUUGGACAUGGACAAUUUGGGACAACUUUCCUUUGUGUGGAGAAAGCAACGGGAAAGGAAUACGCAUGCAAAUCCAUUGCCAAAAGGAAAUUGUUGGCAGCAGAAGAUGUGGAGGAUGUGAGGAGGGAGAUUCAAAUAAUGCAUCACUUGGCAGGGAAUCCCAAUGUCAUAUCGAUUAAGGCGGCUUAUGAGGAUGCUGUUGCGGUUCAUGUUGUGAUGGAAUUAUGUGCAGGGGGUGAGCUCUUUGAUAGGAUUAUCAAGAGGGGGCAUUACUCUGAAAGAAAGGCAGCUCGGCUAGCAAGGACUAUAGUUGGAGUUAUAGAAGCUUGCCAUUCUUUGGGUGUUAUGCAUCGCGAUCUUAAACCCGAGAACUUUCUUUUUGUUGAUGAGGAGGAGGAUUCAGCCCUCAAAGCUAUAGAUUUUGGGCUGUCAAUAUUUUUCAAGCCAGGUGAAACUUUCAAUGAUGUGGUUGGAAGCCCAUAUUAUGUUGCACCUGAAGUUCUGCGCAAGCGGUAUGGUCCAGAAGCAGAUGUUUGGAGUGUUGGUGUUAUCAUUUACAUUCUUUUGAGUGGGGUGCCUCCAUUCUGGGGUGAAACUGAGCAAGAGAUCUUUGAAGAGGUUUUGCAUGGUGAUCUUGACUUCUCAACAGAUCCCUGGCCUAAUAUUUCAGAAAGUGCGAAAGAUUUAGUCAAGAAGAUGCUUGUCAGAAACCCCAAAAAGCGGCUAACUGCUCAUCAAGUUCUAUGUCACCCUUGGGUUCAGGUUGAUGGGGUGGCUCCAGACAAGCCUCUUGAUUCUGCAGUCUUAAGUCGCUUGAAGCAGUUCUCUGCAAUGAACAAAAUUAAGAAAAUGGCUCUUAGAGUCAUUGCUGAAAACCUCUCUGAAGAAGAAAUUGCCGGUUUAAAAGAAAUGUUCAAGAUGAUAGAUACUGACAAUAGUGGUCAAAUUAGUUUCGAAGAACUGAAAGAUGGACUGAAAAGAUUUGGAGCUACUCUAAAUGAGUCUGAAAUAUACGACCUGAUGCAAGCUGCUGAUGUUGACAACAGUGGCACAAUUGAUUAUGGGGAGUUCAUAGCAGCAACAUUGCAUUUAAACAAAGUAGAGAGGGAAGAUCAUUUGUUUGCAGCUUUCUCAUAUUUUGACAAAGAUGGCAGUGGCUAUAUAACUCAAGAUGAACUUCAACAAGCGUGUGAGGAGUUUGGCAUUCAGGAUGUCCACUUGGAAGAGUUGAUCCGAGAAGUCGAUCAGGACAAUGACGGUCGAAUAGAUUACAAUGAGUUCGUUGCCAUGAUGCAGAAAGGCAAUCCAGAGUUUGAUAAGAAGGGUAUUCAAACCAGUGCUCUUGGCAUUGGAUUUAGGGAGGCACUAUCUGUUUGUUAAUAUUGGUAGUGACUAGUGAGGCAAUUUUCUUUGGGUCAAUUUUUCUUCGAUCUUCCUGAAUUGUAUGCAACUUUUCAAGGUUUCACAUAUAAUCAGGUCUUCCGUAAAUAACUAAUAGAUGCUCUGCUUCUCUGCCGCUCCACAUUUGAGUUUAAUCAAUUAGUUUUGGUUUGUUAAUUUGUAUCUGAACAGAUUCGACGAUAGACUACCUCCUCAUGUAAUAUAGGAAAAAAAUAUAUAUAUUGUACAUAGAGAUGUUUGAUCUCA